AUGGCGGGGCGCUACGACAACAACCCCUUUGAGGAGGAGGACGUGAACCCUUUCUCGGAACAAGCGCGCGGCAAGGCUGGCGGGCAGUCCAACUUUGGCAGUGGCGCGUUUUACAUGCCUAACCCCAGAAACGUGCCUCCUGCAUCCAAUUCACGUCUUUCGCCGCUUCCUCCUGAACCGGCAGACUUCAGUGCUACAGUGGAUAUACCCCUUGACUCGUCAAAGGACCUGAAGAAAAGGGAGAAGGAGCUGCAAGCAAGGGAAGCGGAAUUGAACAAGAGGGAGAACGAACUAAAACGAAAAGAGGAGGCUGCAGCAAGAGCUGGCAUUGUCAUUGAGGAGAAAAAUUGGCCUCCUUUUCUGCCACUCAUCCAUCAUGAUAUCACCAAUGAGAUACCGAGUCACCUUCAAAGAAUGCAAUAUGUUGCAUUUGCGUCAUUUCUUGGGUUGGUUUGCUGCCUCUUCUGGAAUGUCAUAGCAGUUACUACAGCUUGGAUCAAGGGGGAAGGUGUUAAGAUCUGGUUAUUGGCGAUAAUCUACUUCAUAUCUGGUGUUCCUGGUGCAUAUGUUUUGUGGUAUCGUCCUCUGUAUAAUGCAAUGAGGACUGAUAGCGCAUUGAAGUUUGGAUUGUUCUUCUUGCUUUACUUGUUCCACAUUCUUUUCUGCGUAUUUUCUACUGUGGCUCCUCCUGUUGUAUUUGAGGGAAAAUCAUUGGCAGGAAUUUUGCCAGCAAUUGAUCUUAUCAGCGUGAAUGCUUUGGUUGGGAUAUUCUACUUUGUUGGAUUUGGAUUGUUCUGUCUGGAAUCGUUGCUCAGCAUCUGGGUCAUCCAGCAAGUGUACAUGUACUUCCGUGGAAGUGGAAAGGCUGCAGAGAUGAAGCGUGAUGCGACAAGGGGUGCAAUGAGAGCUGCAUUUUAA